AUGCACGUUACGUCCAUCGUCCUCGCCCUGGCGGCCGCAGGCGCUUACGCUGCUCCAGCCCCUGCUCCAGAGGCUUCCCCUUGGUGCUGGCGACCUGGCCAACCUUGCUGGAAGGUCAAGAGAGUUGCUGAAGCCUUCUCUGGGUCGAUCAAGUCUUCCGGCGCACUGAAAGAACGCACCCCUGAAGCCGAAUUCAGCAACGCCCCUGGCGGAGCUGCGUAUCAGAUCAAGAGAUCCCUAAAUGAGCUCGCCCACGUUGCUUCAUUGACUGCCCGCGAGCCUGCCGAAUACUACCGCGACCUGGGUCUUGAGACUAGAUUCGCCGCUGAUGAAGGACUCGACAAGAGAGACGCAGUCGCGGAGGACAAGCGUCAAUGGUGCUGGCAGCCUGGCCAGCCUUGCUGGAAAGACAAGCGUUGGUGCAACGCACCCGGACAGCCCUGCUGGAAGGCCAAGAGGGCCGCCGAAGCCGUCAUCAACGAAAUUCGCGACAUGUCAAAGAGGGACGAGGGGGGCGACGCUCCUCUCUUCAACCCUGGCAACCAAGGCGGCCACUUCCCUGCCAUCUGCAACGGCCCAAACAUCCUGUGCUUGAAGACGAAGCGUGAGGCGAGCCCUGAAGCCAACCCCGAAGCCAAUCCACAGUGGUGCUGGAGGCCGGGUCAACCAUGUUGGAAGGCCAAGCGUGAUCUUCACGCUCUUGACCUUGCCGCCCGCAACGUUGUCGAAUCUCUUGAAUAA